GAAAAUGUCUAACGGGUGUUGUUGUCAUUGAUUAGCCUAUUUUCUGCAGGUAGGACAUGGCGCAGAACUUCGUUUUUACCUCCUCACAGCUUCAACCAUAACUCGUCUCUUAUGUGAGAGGCUGAUUUUCCGACUUUCCCCUGAGUGAGGGCGGCCUUAAGGUCCGUUUGGUCCCCGCGGCUUUCCGUAGCUCGUGAACUGGGCGUCAACAGUACGCUCUGUUCUGUUGUUUCUGUACUGCUCCAUCUGAAGAGCUCGGAGGAGUGUCGUCUAGAAACAAAGACAAUAUAAGGCACAAAAAUGCAUUCAGCUACGUUGGAUAGCACUGGUUCUCCAAAGAAGAGGAUGUUUUCUCGUGGACUGAGCGAGGACGAAUCUCUCCGCAGCAUUAUACAGGAGACUGAGAGUUCAUCCAGGCGUCUGGCACGAAGCGAUAGCCGAGCAGGAGCCCCGAAGAGGAGGAGUGAUAGUCAGGAGACUGACCAAGAUCUCUUCAUGGGACUCCCAGAAAUGCUGGAGUUGCAGGCCAACUAUGAGGAGGUGGUGCAGGAGCUGCGUGGGCUGGAGGUUGAGAGAGAGGCUCUGUUGUUCCAGGUGGACGUCCUGCAGGACACACUGGAGGGUGUAGAGGAGCUGCUGGCCGAGGCCCAGAGGGAAGCUGGACAGGCUAGUUUGGAGCUGGAACAAGAGAGGGAGGCCAAGAAGAAACUGGAGAGCCUGGUUUGCUCUCUGAUGCAAGAGGUGGAGAGGUUAAAAGAGGAACAGAGUAACAAACUGUCUGUUCCAGCAAACACACACAGAAACGAGGAGACAAGACAGGGACCUGAAAUGAAAUACGAUGCCACAGAACUGACUGAAGCUGCACACGGAGAAGAAAAGGACUCCUCCCUGUCUGAACCUCACAGCAGUGACAGCGUAGGUCAGGUGUUCGAGGAGCUGCAACAGGGUGUAGAGGGUGAAGAAAACAUCCUGACAAAGCUGCGGCGGAUGGUCGCUAAGACCCACAUACCUUCUCUUGCAGUAGACAUCCUGACCUCUGGAGAAGGGGUCCUCCAGAGGCCUUACGAAAACUGUGUAGAUUAUGAACAAGAUCGUUCACUGGACACGAACGACGUAGACAGCAUAAGUGCCUACGAGGAUGCGUUAGCUGACACUCCAGAGCAGGACAGGAUCUUUCCAGGUGAUGGAGACUCCUUGGACCUGCUUGAUGAUUCAGAGAGUAAAGAGAAAAAUCUGGCCAAUGACAACAAGAACCAAGACCCCAGAAGCGCCGAUCUCUGUGUUGUGUCUUAACUUCAUCUGUUUUAGCUACUACUGGGCAAAAGGUGAAAGAUAAAUAAUGAUCUUUUGGUGAAAUUCAAGAGAUCUUUGAUUUUUAAAUUUGCUCACAUCUAAUAUUUAUGUUCUUGGGAAAGUGUUGAGCUUACAAUAGUGCUCGGAGUUGUUGGAGCUGCUGUAAUAAUUAGUUAAUUUGAUUGAAGGAAAGUUAAUCUCCAAAUUUUUUGAUCAUUGAUAAGUUGUCAUUGUUCAAGCAGAAAUUUCAUCAUGAGGUUUUUUUCUAUAUGAUGGUCAGAUACUUGCAGUAUAUCUACUGGUCAGUAAAUCUUCAAGGAAAUUGUUUGAUCAGUCGGUAAUGGAAUAACUUGCUUAAAAGCCCAAGUUGUAAGCAGAAAUGUAUGUUUUGGUUUUAAAUUCACAAAGGAACCAGGUAGUUCACUAGCUGGAAUCCCACCAGUUAAUACUUGCAUACUUUGCCAAUCAUUUCUUUUUUAUAUCUGUCUUAAUGUUUAAAUGUGUGGAAGGACUUGGAAAAUGGAUGUGGCUGUUGACUGUUUACCUUUCUGGUAACCUUAUAAGAAAGUUUGUUUGCACAGUGAGCUCAAUAAGUAUGUGGCCAGGGACUGUUUGGCUCCAAUCAGCUACGCAAUUAGAAACAGAGAAACCUAGAGAGGCAGUUUGAGCAUUUCAGACACUUCAGGCUUGUUAGAGAUGGAUUCUUUUCCAAAUGGGUGGAGUACAGUACCACAACAGAACCUUUUAAUUGCAUUUAAAGAUAUUUUGAUCCGGUUCACAGAGCUCACUGUGAAGGUUUGGCGUUGGGUAUUGACAGCUGGGAUAAGAUGGUGGUAACCAGAGACUCUUAUUUAUGCUAAGUAUAAGGGAAAAGGCCAUCUUGUUACUGCCUCGCUGAUCGCUGGUCUUUUAUUUAGAAAAGUUAGGGAAAUGGAUUUGCACUUUUUUAGUUCUUUUACAGUGGCGCGGAUUUGUCAGAUGACAUUAGAAACUACAUUCCCUUUACAGCCAAACAUGUCGGUGAGAAAUAAACUGCUGAGCUGCUGUAGGCUGUGUUCUCUCCGCCUGCAUGAUGACGCCCUGUUUGCACGUUUGUGGCGAAAUUUGCUGAGUCUCUUUGGAUGUCUUUGAUUGUACACAUUUUGUAUAUAUUCAAAAAAAAUUUUUUUUUACAAGGUUACAUUUCUUUUUUCAGUGCCUGAGGCAAGAGUAGGCCCUUUCACCUCGUUUGUGAUAAAUAGUUUGCAUGAGCAUCUAUGAAUGUACUUUCAUUUCCAAACUGCACAUCGAUCUUUGUCGAUCAUUAGUACUUCUGCAUGCGAUACUUUCACACAUAUAUCAAAUAACACUUUAAGAUAUUUGCUGCAUAUUGGUGUUUUAAAGGGAUUUUAAUUUUAAGAUGGGAAAAGGGAAAUGUAUGGGAAUUCUAAGAUGGCAAAAAGUAGUUGCUUAGCCACAUAUGUUAUGGGUUUAGGGCAGCGUAUUAAUGUCUGUAUACUGAAUCAUUUGACUUUUUUCACACGGGAAUUGAUGCUGGUGAUACUGAUACUUGAUUCUCUGCUGUGCACACGGGCGUGAUGCACAGACUACUGUAGAAAGAAAUGGCUCACUUUUUUUUACACUGAACUGUUACUGUAAUUCACAUGUGCUGUGAUCAGUCAGGUCGUUUACAAUCAACACUGAUGAGGUGUUUCUGAAUACACAGCCGCUGUCACUGGUUACUUAUGUUAGUCAUCAACAUUUCAUUUUCUUUUCCUGUUAUCAUCAGGCUAAAGAGUUUUUGUUGUAGUGAUACAGUACAGUUACACCACCCUGACUUCAGGCAUUGUCUUGUUUUUUUAAAGAUCUUUCACAGUGUGACAGGAAGCUGCUUCUCUGGCACUGUUUGUGUUGUUUUCACACAAUGCAAAAGAAUAUGUUCCUGCAUUUGGUGCAUUUUAUGGGUCUAGACAUUUUUAACUUGUCCUAAGCUUUGAAUUAAAUGUUGGGAUGUAACAGUAAAUGUCAAAAAUUUAUACUUGUAAUUGAAAUGACAUUUCAGACAUAUCAAAAUAAAAGGAGUAAAUUGUGUAAUCAUGUUGUGUUGACACCAGUU